GAGAACGCGACUUCCAGCCGCGCCAAAUGCAAGGCGACCACGUGCGGCCAUGACAAGAUCCUCAAGGAUGAGCUCCGCCAGGGCACCUUCGUCACGAUUCGCGGUGUCGAAAAGGGCACCUGGGCCUGGAGGCACUGGGGCUGUGUUACGGCGAAGCAGAUGUCCAACAUCAAGGCGUCGUUGAUGGACGGCGACAACAUCAACUGGGACCUCUGCGACGGACUCGAGGAACUUACGGAGGAUGACAAGGUGAAAGUUCGCGAAGCGAUUCAGCGUGGAUGGGUUGCCGAUGACGAU